CCCUCCGUCUCCUCCCCCCCCCCCGCUUCUCCUCCCGUCAUGGCGGCGCCGGCGGCGGCGGACAUCACGGCGCUCUUCAAGGCCUCCGUGAAGACGGUGAAGACGCGCAACAAGGCGCUGGGCGUCCCUCCCGCAGGGGCCGAGCCCGCCGCCCUCUGGCCCAGGAGAGCCCCGCGGGGCAGGGGGGGAUUCUCCGCCCGCGCCCGCGAAGUGGUUAAUAACAUUGGGAAACUCAAAGACUUUCUUCUGCAGCACCGGAAAGAUUAUAUUAAUGCUUAUAGCCACCUCAUGUCAGAGUACGUGCGAAUGUCGGACACGGAUCGAGAUCAGAUUGACCAAGAUGCCCAGAUCUUCAUGAGAACCUGUGCUGAUGCGAUUCAGCAGCUCAGAGCAGAAGCACACAAGGACAUCCAUUCCCUACAAGUGAAGCAGCACCGAGAAACUGUAUUGGAUUUCAUUGCAGACUACUUAAAAAGAGUGUGCAAGCUGUACUCGGAACAGAGAGCAAUACGGGUCAAGCGCGUAGUGGAUAAAAAGAGAUUAUCCAGGCUUGAGCCCGAGCAAAGCAACAAGUCAGCGCCCCCUGCUUCUGGUGGAAAAGCCCCUGGGACGGAGACGGAAGCUCCUCCUCCUCCUCCUCCUCCUCCUGAGGAAUGGGAAGAAAAGCUCACCAGGGAAGGCAGCCGAGAGAGGAACCUAGUGGAUGAGCACGCUGGUUUUGGUCUUGGUCAAGACAGCAGAGGAGAAGAUGAGCUUUCCCCAGAAGAAAUCCAAAUGUUUGAGCAGGAAAACCAACGCCUUGUGGGUGAAAUGAACAGCCUGUUUGAUGAAGUGAGGCAGAUUGAAGGGAAAGUAGUUGAAAUAUCUAGACUUCAAGAAAUAUUUACAGAAAAAGUAUUACAACAGGAAGCUGAAAUUGACAGUAUCCACCAUAUAGUUGUGGGUGCGACGGAGAACAUCAAGGAAGGCAACGAAGACAUCAGAGAGGCAAUCAAGAACAACGCUGGAUUCCGAGUGUGGAUCCUUUUCUUCCUGGUCAUGUGCUCCUUCUCCCUGCUCUUCCUGGACUGGUAUGGAAGCUGAUCCUGGCCAAUAAAGGAACCACCUCGCCAGGUGACCCUGCAGUGUUCACGGACCACGGCUGUGGAAAUACACGUGUAGCGUCUGUGUGUGUGUGUGUGUGUGUGUGUGUGUGCCUGUGCAAACUCUUUAACACUCAGGAACCUCCCAGAGGUCGUAGGGAGCUUUAGGCGGCAGAAGGAAACUGGACGGCUGCCAGGAAAUGCUCAAGAAAAGUGUUGACAGGUACAGGAUCACAGCAGUGGGAAGUUGCCAAACAUUUGUAUGUGAUGAAAUGCCCAGCAGCUGUUUCUCCUUCAGGGGUGGGGCAGCGCUUGCCAGCGUGAAGGAUGCCACUGGUCUUCCCUGUUGGCGGAAGUGGGGGGGGGGGAGACCCCAAGCCCCCGAAAAAGUCUCCUUAUGGAGAGGGGCUACUUGGCUCUUUCCAGAAACUCUCCACCUCCCUCACCUCAUUUUGUCUUCCCUUUCAAAGCCCCCAUUGGCCCCUUGAGCUUUGGGGACACCAAGACUUUGGGGGGGGGGUCUGUGGAAGUGAAGCACCCCCCCACCCCCCGGAUUCUUGCUGAGACAUAGUCAUGUAAAUAAUAAUUAUUAGAAAGGUGUUUUAGAAGAGGUUUUUAUUGCAAGUAGGGUGAUUGGAAUCCUUCAUUUCUUUUCCUCUUCGCCGCUGCAAACAUCUAUUUAAACAUACGGAGUUUGAGACUGGAGCAUACUAUUUUAUUUCACACAGAGUGAAAAUGUCAAAAGUUACAUGUGAGUUCGGUGGAAGUACUGACCACUAGGGAAUAGAAACAUGGUGCUGUGUGGACAAGAGAGAACUCCUUAAUGCAAAUGAAAGAUUUGGCACACAAGUUAUUGCUUUUUAUGUGUUCCACGCAGCAGC